GUUGCAUUAUUCGCAUUCGUUCCGUGUUUUGGCGUCCGAUCACUUCUUUCAUUCUAACCAGAUUUCUGGAUUAUAUUUCAUCUUCUUCUCCUUUGUGAUUUUAAACGCAGCCUCCACAGUAAAGUGCGUAAACAUCCGUCCAUUAUUAAAACAUCCUUAGACUCUCGGACAGAUGACAGGACAGGUCUGAAUGUGGCUACCUGCACACACAGACACACAAUCUGCUAUAUAAUUAAAUUUACUGCCCGCUCCUCUGUGGUUUCACUUUGCACCACUCUGCUGUAGAAGUUGAUUUGUGACUUGAUGGCUCCUAUGAAUAAUUUCCUGCAAGCUGUAAAGUAAAUGUAUAUCUUCCCCUCUGUUUUUCUUCCAUCUCUCCCUCUCUCUAUCUCUGUGAGUUACUCUAAAUGUCCCGUGUAUCAUGUUGAGUCAUAAUAGUGGAUCACGUUUCCCUCGGCCUCUGCACUAAUGUGCUCUUUGUAGAUCUCUGGAUUGGCCCGAGUAAGUGAAAUGCUCUUGCGUGCAAAGGGAAGUCAAGGUUACAGGUUUUGACGCUCCGUCUGAUCCCACACAGAGAUAUGUUUUCCUCCAUUUAUCUGGCCUGUACCUGUUACGCACUACUUCCUCUGACCCUCUUGUAAAAGACGUGAAUCAGCAGCAUCUUUGUGUCCUAAGCAGAAAUAUCUGAAAUGAUCUGAAAUGUGAUACUUCUGUCUCAUUAAAUGCCUUCCGAGAAACGUUUCUCUCCAAGAGUUGAUCAAAGUAUGUUUGAGAACUCCAUUGCGCAGCAGCAGAGUCCUCAGACCUCCAGACCAGGCCAGACCUCGGCCCGACGCUCCCUAGCAUCAAGUAAUCCUAACGUGGGGUCCAUCUCCGUCGACUCUCCGUCCUCCGGAGGCCAGCAGAGGCUUAAAAACGCCAUUAAUCUGGGCAAAGCUGUCGGCGCUAAGGUCAAUGACUUGUUAAGAAGAAAAGAGCCCAGCCACCUCGGGGACAUCGGGGUCACUGAGAUCAACAAGAACGUCGGUGUCGCGUGGACCUGUAUGGACCAACUCAACCAGACCACUGCCAACAGUCACAUCUCCUCCUUCGACUCCUUCCCUCGUCUCGACCCGCCACCCCCGACGGGGAAGAAGCGUCUCCCCCGGGCGCUGAAGACCACCCAGGACAUGAUGAUCUCGUCUGACCCCGUGGUCUCCUCUCCAGACACUGCCGACUCUUCCUCCUUCCUCUCUUCUCCCGACAAGACGCCCCUCAUCGUUAAGGAGGAGCAGCAGCAGGGCGAGAAAGAGCAAGAGGGGUCAGAGGAGGUCACAUCACAGCUGGACCCGGCAGAGGAGAAAGUCACUGCUGAUGUGGAGACGACAGGAAGCCACAACAAAGUGGAUGGAGAGAUACAAGGAGAAGAAGAGGGUGUGGAAAACGGAGGAGGCGAGGAGGAACAUCAGACGCAGCUCCAGCUCUCAGUGCCAGACCUCAUCAACAAAGAUCAGCUGGAGCCCAGAGCCAAACCCUGUGAUGUCUGGCAGAAGGUGUCGGGGCCAGACUCCCGGCUGGCCUCCACCCCCUGCUCGGGGAAAACUCCAAUCCGCAUCAGCCUUGGCGAGGAGGUCCUGCUGGGGAACGGCGCCCCGUGCAGCAAAGGCAGCGGAGUGAAUCCCGAAGACUCGGAGCCGCACCCGGACCUGCUGUCGUUUGAGUAAGGAGCCGAGCCGGGGUCAGACCAGUUCAGUAUGUCUCAACUCUUUUCUCUUCAUUUGGACUCCAGAGACUCGAGGGGUAAUUCCAACAGACUGUAAGAAAGUACUGCGGAUCAAAUAUUCACCCACACCUUUAAUUAUAUAACCGGCUCCAGGGUUUGCUCGAGGAAAAGGGAUCAAGUUCUUCCUGGAGUCGGAUCAGAUGAUUUUUAACUUUUUAGCAACUUUUUCGAUGAGUUCAAAGGUCGAGCUAAUGUCACUGCCAGCUUUUCCAACACUACACGAUGAACACGCAGCGUAUUUAACAUUUCAGUACAGAGAACUGUCAUGUCAUGUCUGCUUUAGGGAGGCGAUAACACCAGAAAACGUAACAAUAAAUGUGAUUAAUGAGCUGAAAUUUCCCUUUAAAUGGGCUGAAAAUGUAAAAAUCUUCAUUUAUUACCUGAAAAAGAAAAAACAUCAAAACUUUCUAACUUUUUUAAGAACGCGUGUUAAGUUAUCCGUAUUAAGUUAUUAUCAAGACGCCGAUUUCAAACAUUUUGAAACCAUUUAAAGGGACGUUCGUUUCACGUUGGUCGUACAAAAAGCUGCUGCAAAGAAACCAAACACACACCGCAACUGACGUGAGUUAUACAGCAAUCUAAAUUAUUACAAUCGUAUAACAUUUAUAUAAUCGUUUCAUCAGCAUGAGCGCAGAUUUCGGAGGAGCCGAAGGGGACGUGAAGAAGAAGCAGAGCGGCUGUGGACGUGUUACGAGGUGGAAAGGUUUCUCGGGGGGGCGUUCACUCUCAGUUCAGUCGGUACAGUUCGAUCAGCGCUGGAAGCCUUUUGACCUUUGACCUCAUCCGUAUGAAAUGAUUUCUGACGCGCUUACACAACUUCCACGCCGGCCUCAGGCUCAAAUCGUGAUCCUGAAAUCUGCCUUUUAAAGUUCUCGACAAGCAAGAGUAUCGAUCAGCUUCCCGAUCGAUCGCUCACUUUUCUUUUAAUUUGUCGUUUUUAGAUUUCAGAGUUAUUUUAUUUUGAGAUGAAACUGGAUGAAAAUGAUGCAUAAAUAAACAUCGAUGAGGUUCUAAACACCAGAUCAUGAAGAUUUUGGUUUGUUUUUGUAAGUCAUCUUCGGAAGAAGACAUGAAGUCCAUGUUCGACAGGUAAUUUGCUGAAGUUAUAAUAUUUCAUAAACCCACAGGAUGAUCCUCUUAACCCCGGAUCAUCCUACAUGAGUUCAUCUCUGGCUUCCAGGCUAAAAACUGUAAACUAGCUGAACUGAAAGUCUGAUUACCCCCAAAAACCCGACAGAGAGUCACGAUGGAUGGAUGGAUGGAUGGACGGGUGGGUGGCACACGGAGGGCGGACCGGUGAAAAGUUGUUUUUGAGCGAAAAAAGACAAGCGAGAUAAUGAGCUGUCAACAGGAAGGAGAUGAAAGAGGUGUGUGUGUGUGUGUUUUAUUCCAGCAGAUCAUUAAGCGACGGACCAAAGACACAAAUUAACGGCUCAGUCAGACAGGUUGUUUUUGUCAUCGCUCUGAAAAGCUCUGGAUUUUAGAUUUGAGCGACCUGACUGCAUGAAAAAGAAAAAGCAACAAUUCACACAAAAGGAUUUUAUUUUCACCUCAUCGACUGAUCAGAGAGUGAGAACCAAAGUCAGAGUGUUUGAGACAUUUUUAAUUCACAUCCAGACUGAGCAGGGAGUCGGGUGAAGGUGAGCUGACAUUAACAGAAAAUAUCCUACAGAUCGAAGUCGAUAUCUUCAUUUUAUAACACUUAUUCUAUUAUCUGUGCGACUUCAAAAGCUCCCAAGUCCUGACCCUGAAGCCGACCACGUUUUCCUCUGUGAGGUCCUGCUGUGGCCUCUCUAUGUGACCGCUUGUGCCCUUGCAGGGAUUUCCUGAAUCUUCAAAAAAAAAAAGAAAAGAAAAGAAAGGGCAAAGUAUUCCCAGAAGACGAGACACGGACACAGAGCUACAGCUGUAGUUGCGGUCAGGUCGUGCCCAGCAGAAUGACAGGAAUGUGGAGCUGGACUCUGUCAGAGAAAGGAAGCUUUGUCUCUCUGCGUCUGUCCCCGACCGAGAGAUCCUCGUUUGUUUUAAAGCUGCAACAAAACAGCUGACGUCCCCAACGAGCCGGAAUUACAAAAAAAAUAAUCUCCCCGGUUAGUUUGAUCUAGAAAUCCACAGAUCUGUUUUUUGUAUUUCCAACUUCACUCACUGAGAAACAAAAACCUGCUGCUGCUUUUCAAAUGUCAUUUCUCAGCUGUUGUUUCCAAAAGAAAACAAUUUGCAUAGCGAGAAAGACGCAUAAAUGGGAAAAUGUUUUGACAUUUGGAUGAACUCACAUGUAAAGAACGGGAAAAAUAUUCAGAAAAUUUAAAAAACUGAGGCAGCAGCGACACAAAAUCUGACCAAAACUUCAUCGACCGCGUUUUAAAAAUGAGAUUUUGGCAUCAUUUCAUGUUUUAUGCUAAUUACCGCCUGUAUUUCACAUCAGAUUAAAACAUUAAUCAUUAAAUAUGCAACAAGUUAAAUGAUUAAUUGUGUAUUUAUAAGAGUUUAACACUCCACUUUAAACCAGUGACAACAAAUACAGAAAUGUCUCUUUGGAAAUAACCAAAUAUUUUUGGACCCAUCACAUAAAAAAUGUUUUCAUGGCCUCGAAAUGAAAGAAAAGUUUGUGUUUAGGGUUCAGGUGAUGAUCCAGACUCUGACUCAGCUUCUGUUUUCAGUCAGAGACGCAGUGACUGUACAAACCACUUCUUUAGAUUUUGAUUGUAUUUUCUGAUGAAGGAACAGCUAGUGUACAUUUUAUGGAAAUAUUCUAUCGCUUUUUUUUAUGAUAUCUGUGAAUAUGCAAAUUUGUUCUUGCUCUAACGAAUGAAGGAACGUGAUUUCUUUUGAUAUCCAGUCAUAGACUCUAGUUACGUUGUUUUAGCUGAUCUCGAUAAAAGAAGAAAUCAUCUCGCUUUGUUUUUUUUGUUUUUUUUGUUUUUUCAUGUUGUCUUUGUCGAUAUAUAAUAUCAUCCGAUAUGAAGAAUGAAGGAAGCUAAAUGCUGCACAUAUAUAAAGACAUAAACGGACCGCCGAGGACAAACUCUGGACUUUCUUUUUAUCCGUUAUAUCUGAAAGCUUGAUGAAAAUAUGCUACAAAAAUCAAAAUGAAUGAUUAUUUUGUUUGUUUUAUUUUCCUAAUGUAUCUUUUUUUUUAAAGUGGGGAUGUAAUAACUCCUGUAAUGACUGUAAUCUUUUAAAAAAAAUCUGGAAAUAGACCUAA